AUGGAGACCAGAGGGCGCAGCACCAGGGCAGGGUUUCUGUUCUGGACCCCUGCUCCUCAACACCCUUCUCCCUCCAGCUCCAUAGGCACAGAUGCGGACUGGGGGGAUGAGGAUGAGGAGGAAGGUGGGGACAGGAAAGAGGAGGAAGAAGAGGACUUCCACAGCCAGAUGGAUGAGAACGGGAUCAUAGGACUGGACAAGGCCUUGGAGAAUGUGGGUCUGGGAGAAGAGGAGGAGGAGGGAGAGGAGGGUGGAGAGGAGGAGGGAGUGGAGCGUGGAGAGGAUGAUCCACCCUGGUACUCUGGAGCUUUGGACCAAGAGGGACCCAGGGAGGGGUUCCUGUCCCCCAGUAGGGCAGGUGGGAUGGGGCUGGACCAGGGGUUGGAACAGGUAGACCCUCUGGAGGAGCUGAGUUAUAACCUGAGUGAGCUGCAGGACUCAGAGCCUCUGUCCCAGUCUGAGCCACCUGGAGAAGACACUCACACCCUGUCACUCAGUGAGUCACACAUACUAACAAACACUAGAAACAUUGUCAUCACUUCUGUAGUCAAAUAAUAACACAUUUCAACAAAGCCAAAAGCAUCAAAGCCUCAGGCCUAAGUCCCCUAAGAUCUGCAAGCAAGGGUGACAAUUGCAAGGGAAAACUGCUACAUUUAUCUUGAUAUUUGACCUAGGUGAGUGUAUAAAGACAAAUCUGAAGUGACUCUUUCUCCCAUGCCCUUCUCUUUCUCUGCUAGAUGUCCUGGAGGCCAAGGACAGUGUGGAGAUCUGGAGUGAGGAUGAGGAGCAGCAGCAGAAGGAUGAAGAGGAGCAGAGCUGGGUGGUCCACAGGCAGCGGAUGGAGCAUCUCCCAGAGAGAGACAGACAGCUGGACAUGACAGAGGAUGAAAGGAAGGUAGAGGAGGAGGAGGAGGAGGAGGAGGAGGAGGAGGAGGAGGAGGAGGACAGCGAGCCCCAUGCACACACUGACAUGAUGUCAUGUCCUGUCAUAGCUGGGGCUGGGUCUUGCUGGGAUCAGGGCCAUAGUGUCAGAGGAGAAGAGAGAAAGGUAAGUGCCAUAAGAAGUUACAGCGCCGACCUACAAAUAGAAGAGACUAGUGAAUUCUCAGAGAGUGACAACAGAGGGGGGACACGGUUGGUAGAGAGUGUGUCUGGAAACCUCUCCUCCCUUUUCCCUCCUGACCUGCUCAGUCCAUCCCCCAAGUAUCCUUCCUCCCCUCCCAGAGGUUGUACCAUUCCUCACCUCCUCCACUUCUCCUCCGAGGAGUUGGCUGAUGCUCCCGGGGUUGAAGCCGAGACGUUCCUGGAGGAACCCACCUUUACAGAGAGCCUUCCGGAAUCCCGCAGCAGCCGGAUGAGCCACGCCCCCAGGCCUCAUUGGCAGCCUGAGUCAGGGGGGGAGGAUCUCAAGCCUAGGACCUUUCCUUACCCAGCAGCCAUCUUUCCUGAGCAUGGGAUAUCUUACCGACUCAGAGAGAGAAACGAGGGGGGUGAAGAGAGCCUACAAGAUGAGUCAGGCGUUAACCAUCGGCAACACGCCUCUCGCUCUCCAAGGAAGAUGAAACAGCGCUCACCUGACACUCCACGAGCCAUGGCUCAUUCCCCUCAGAAAGGUUGGCAUGCACCCUCACAGUUCCCUUCUCACAGCAGCACCCAGGACAGGAGCCUCCGGACCCACAGGGAGAGUCCCCCCAAACCCCAACCUAGGAGCCAUGACCCUGACAUGGACGAGGGUCGGAGAGGGCCACUGACCUACCCCACUCCAGACUUCUCCAAGGUAGAGCCCAGGGUUCGCUUCCCCAAGAGCGGCUACACACCCCCCAAGAGCAAAGGCUCCCCCAGAAAGAGGUCUCUGUCAGUGGAGCCCCCCCUGGUGUUCAAGUCUCCUGCUGACAUAGUGAGAGAGGUGCUGCUGAGCAGUACAGACGGACCCCCUCCCCCCUCGCCCCCCAACGGGCCCCACAGGCCCCUAAACUCCACGGUGCCAGAGGACUUCAGAUGCCCACAACAGGCCAGCACUCUGGUACAGCAGCUGCAGGUACAUACACAGAGAGUAGGACUACACCGCAGGCACACGCUCAGACUAACUCUGAUUCCUUAGCAUUCUGACAUACAUACUCAGACUAACUCUGAUUCCUUAGCAUUCUGACAUACAUACUCAGACUAACUCUGAUUCCUUAGCAUUCUGACAUACAUACUCAGACUAACUCUGAUUCCUUAGCAUUCUGACAUACUCAGACUCUAUGAUUCCUUAGCAUCCUGACAUACUCAGACUAACUCUGAUUCCUUAGCAUUCUGACAUACAGACUAACUCUGAUUCCUUAGCAUUCUGACAUACAGACUAACUCUGAUUCCUUAGCAUCCUGACAUACUCAGACUAACUCUGAUUCCUUAGCAUCCUGACAUACUCAGACUAACUCUGAUUCCUUAGCAUCCUGACAUACAGACUAACUCUGAUUCCUUAGCAUCCUGACAUACUCAGACUAACUCUGAUUCCUUAGCAUUCUGACAUACAUUUACAUCUACAUUUACGUCAUUUAGCAGACGCUCUUAUCCAGAGCGACUUACAAAUUGGUGCAUUCACCUUAUAGCCAGUGGGAUAACCACUUUACAAUAUGUUUAUUUUUAUUUAUUUUUUGGGGGGGGGGGGGGGGGGGGGGGGGUAGAAGGAUUACUUUAUCCUAUCCCAGGUAUUCCUUAAAGAGGUGGGGUUUCAAGUGUCUCCAGAAGGUGGUGAGUGACUCCGCCGUCCUGGCGUCGUGAGGGAGCUUGUUCCACCAUUGGGGUGCCAGAGCAGCGAACAGUUUUGACUGGGCUGAGCGGGAACUGUGCUUCCGCAGAGGUAGGGGGGCCAGCAAGCCAGAGGUGGAUGAACGCAAUGCCCUCGUUUGGGUGUAGGGACUGAGACUAACUCUGAUUCCUUAGCAUCCUGACAUACUCAGACUAACUCUGAUUCCUUAGCAUUUUGACAUACUCAGACUAACUCUGAUUCCUUAGCAUUCUGACAUACUCAGACUAACUCUGAUUCCAUAGCAUCUUGACAUACUCAGACUAACUCUGAUUCCUUAGCAUUCUGACAUACAGACUAACUCUGAUUCCUUAGCAUCCUGACAUACUCAGACUAACUCUGAUUCCUUAGCAUUCUGACAUAUAGACUAACUCUGAUUCCUUAGCAUCCUGACAUACUCAGACUAACUCUGAUUCCUUAGCAUUCUGACAUACUUAGACUAACUCUGAUUCCUUAGCAUUUUGACAUACUCAGACUAACUCUGAUUCCUUAGCAUUCUGACAUACUCAGACUCUGAUUCCUUAGCAUUCUGACAUACUCAGACUAACUCUGAUUCCUUAGCAUUCUGACAUACUUAGACUAACUCUGAUUCCUUAGCAUUCUGACAUACUCAGACUAACUCUGAUUCCUUAGUAUUCUGACAUACUCAGACUCAAAGGCUAAACAACUUUCCAAGUCUCCCACACACUGACACCAAUUCACUGAAUGAUGCUCCAAUUGACUAGCUCUGAGUAGUGCUUCUCUACUUCCUAUCCAGCUCACAGCCUUGACUUUUCUCCUCUCUCCCUCCCUCCCCCUCUCUCUUUCCUUACCCCUAUUUUCUCUAGGAGGACUACAGCAGGCUGCUAACCAAGUAUGCUGAGGCAGAGAACACUAUUGAUCAGAUGCGUCUGGAAGCCAAGGUAGUCUACAUAAGUGUGUGUGUGUGUGUGUGUGUGUGUGUGUAUAUGGGGUAUUGGAAGUGAUGCAGACAAUGUAAUUGUCUGCAUCACUUCCAAUACCCCAUAUAUUUUUUGCGCAAAUAUAUAUAUAUAUGCAUGACACAAGUAACUUUCCAACAAUUGUUUACAGACAGAUUAUUUCACUUAUAAUUCACUGUAUCACAAUUCCAGUGGGUCAGAAGUUUACAUACACUAAGUUGUCUCUGCCUUUAAACAGCUUGGAAAAUUCCAGAAAAUGAUAUCAUGGCUUUAGAAGCUUCUGAUAGGCUAAUUUACAUCAUUUGAGUCCAUUGGAGGCCUACCUUCAAACUCAGUGCCUCUUUGCUUGACAUCAUGGGAAAAUCAAAAUAAAUCAGCCAAGACCUCAGAAAAAAAAUUGUAGACCUCCACAAGUCUGGUUCUUCCUUGGGAGCAAUUUCCAAAUGCCUGAAGGUACCACGUUCAUCUGUACAAACAAUAGUACGCAAGUAUAAACACCAUGGGACCACGUAGCCGUCAUACCGCUCUGGAAAGAGAUGCGUUCUGUCUCCUAGAGAUGAACGUACUUUGGUGCGAAAAGUGCAAAUCAAUCCCAGAACAACAGCAAAGGACCUUGUGAAGAUGCUGGAGGAAACAGGUACAAAAGUAUCUACAGUAAAACGAGUCCUAUAUCGACAUAACCUGAAAGGCCGCUCAGCAAGGAAGAAGCCACUGCUCCAAAACCGCCAUUAAAAAGCCAGACUACGGUUUUCAACUGCACAUGGGGACAAAGAUCGUACUUUUUUGAGAAAUGUCCUCUGGUCUGAUGAAACAAAAAUAGAACUGUUUGGCCAUAAUGACCAUCGUUAUGUUUGGAGGAAAAAGGGGGUUGCUUGCAAGCCGAAGAACACCAUUCCAUCCAUGAAGCACGGGGGUGGCAGCAUCAUGCUGUGGGGGUGCUUUGCUGCAGGAGGGACUGGUGCACUUCACAAAAUAGAUGGCAUCAUGAGUAAGGAAAAUUAUGUGGAUAUAUUGAAGCAACAUCUCAAGACCUCAGUCAGGAAGUUAAAGCUUGGUCGCAAAUGGGUCUUCCAAAUGGACAAUGACCCCAAGCAUACUUCCAAAGUUGUGGCAAAAUGGCUUAAGGACAACAAAGUCAAGGUAUUGGAGUGGCCAUCACAAAGCCCUGACCUCAAUCCUAUAGAACAUUUGUGGGCAGAACUGAAAAAGCGUGUGCGAGCAAGGAGGCCUACAAACCUGACUCCGUUACACCAGCUCUGUCAGGAGGAAUGGGCCAAAAUUCACCCAACUUAUUGUGGGAAGCUUGUGGAAGGCUACCUGAAACGUUUGACCCAAGUUAAACAAUUUAAAAGCAAUGCUACCAAAUACUAAUUGAGUGUAUGUAAACUUCUGACCCACUGGGAAUGUAAUGAAAGUACUAAAAGCUGAAAUAAAUAAUUCUCUCUACUAUUAUUCUGACAUUUCACAUUCUUAAAAUAAAGUGGUGAUCCUAAAACAGGGAAUUUUUACUAGGAUUAAAUGUCAGGAAUUGUGAAAAACUGAGUUUAAAUGUAUUUGGCUAAGGUGUAUGUAAACUUCCGACUUCCGACUUGUAUGUAAACUUCCGACUUGCGAAAGUAUUCACCCCCUUGGCAUUUUCCCUAUUUUGUUGCCUAACAACCUGGAAUUAAAAUGGAUUUUGGGGGGGGUUGUAUCAUUUGAUUUACACAACAUGCCUACCACUUUGAAGAUGUGAAACAAACAACAAGAAAUAAGACAAAAAAACAGAAAACUUGAGCGUGCAUAACCCCCCCAAAGUCAAUACUUUGUAGAGCCACCUUUUGCAGCAAUUACAGCUGCAAGUCUCUUGGGGUAUGUCUCUAUAAUCUUGGCACAUCUAGCCACUGGGAUUUUUGCCCAUUCUUCAAGGCAAAACUGCUCCAGCUCCUUCAAGUUGGAUGGGUUCCGCUGGUGUACAGCAAUCUGUAAGUCAUACCACAGAUUCUCAAUUGGAUUGAGGUCUGGGCUUUGACUAGGCCAUUCCAAGACAUUUAAAUGUUUCUCCUUAAACCACUUGAGUUUUGCUUUAGCAGUAUGCUUAGGGUCAUUGUCCUGCUGGAAGGUGAACCUCCGUCCCAUUCUCAAAUCUCUGGAAGACUGAAACAGGUCUCCCUCAAGAAUUUCCCAGUAUUUAGCGCCAUCCAUCAUUCUUUCAAUUCUGACCAGUUUCCCAGUCCCUGCCGAUGAAAAACAUCCCCACAGAAUGAUGCUGCCACCACCAUGCUUCACUGUGGGGAUGGUGUUCUCGGGUGAUGAGAGGUGUUGUGUUUGCACCAGACAUAGCGUUUUCCUUGAUGGCCAAAUUGCUCAAUUUUAGUCUCAUCUGACCAGAGUACCUUCUUCUAUAUGUUUGGGGAGUAUCCCACAAGGCUUUUGGUGAACACCAAACGUGUUUGCUUAUUUUUUUCUUUAAGCAAUGGCUUUUUUCUGGCCACUCUUCCGUAAAGCCCAGCUCUGUGGAGUGUAUGGCUUAAAGUGAUCCUAUGGACAGAUACUCCAAUCUCCGCUGUGGAGCUUUGCAGCUCCUUCAGGGUUAUCUCCCCCGAGUGGCGCAGUGGUCUAAGGCACUGCAUCGCAGUGCUAGCUGUGCCACUAGAGAUCCUGGUUCUAGUCCAUGCUCUUUCGCAGCCGGCCGCAACCGGGAGACCCAUGGGUGGCGCACAAUUGGUCCAGCGUCGUCCAAGGUAGGGGAGGGUUUGGCCGGCAGGGAUGUGGGUUCGUUUCCCACGGGGGGCCAGUAUAAAAAAUAAAAAAAAACGUAUGCAUUCACUAACUGUAAGUCGCUCUGGAUAAGAGCGUCUGCUAAAUGACAAAAAAAAAUGUAAAAUGUUAUCUUUGGUCUCUUUGUUGCCUUUCUGAUUAAUGCCCUCCUUGCCUGGUCCAUGAGUUUUGGUGGGCGGCCCUCCCUUGGCAGGUUUGUUGUGGUGCCAUAUUCUUUCAAUUUUUUUAUAAUGGAUUUAAUGGUGCUCCGUGGGGUGUUCAAAGUUUCGGAUAUUUUUUAGAACCCAACCCUGAUCUGUACUUCUCCACAACUUUGUUCCUGACCUGUUUGGAGAGCUCCUUGGACUUCAUGGUGCCGCUUGCUUGGUAAUGCCCCUUGCUUAGUGGUGUUGCAGACUCUGGGGCCUUUCAGAACAGGUGUAUAUAUACUGAGAUCAUGUGACAGAUCAUGUGACACACAGGUGGACUUUAUUUAACUAAUUAUGUGACUUUUUAGAAUUUUUUGAAUCAAGUUAUUUUUUUAAUUUCACUUCACCAAUUUGGACUAUUUUGUGUAUGUCCAUUACAUGAAAUCCAAAUAAAAAUCAAUUUAAAUUACAGGUUGUAAAUCAACAAAAUAGGAAAAACGCCAAGAGGGAUUAAUACUUUUGCAAGGCACUGUACAUACAUACAUACAUACACAUAUAAAUACAUACAUAUACACAUACAUAUAUAUACAUAUCCUUUAAAAAUACAUGUUUUCCUUUAUUACUUUCCAACCCCACCACCCUUCCCCUAAUUGGAGUAAACUAGUGAACAACAACGCUUAGGCCUCUACUUCCAGCUUGUACAUACUAUAUACAUUUUAUGGACACAGUCAAUUUUAAAAUAAUUAUGUUUUGUUUGUUUUUACUCCUGAACUUCCUCUACCCUCAACCUCUCCGAUCAUUUUCAUGAUGUCCAUCCGGUUUGCUUCUAUAUGCCAUAUCUUUCAAACUGUGCUCUUUCACAAAAGUUCUUAACCUAUAACCUAUACGCUUGAUACAUACAGCCCCUGACCAAUGCUAAGCUUGAGAUCAAAAUCUCCAUUCACUGAACACUCCCUCCAUCUCCUCUGUGGUGGAUGUUGUGUCUGGCAGACAGAGGGGUUAUAUUUAGUCCUCAAAUUAAAUCAAAUGUUAUUUGUCACAUGCUUCGUAAACUACUGGUGUAGACUAACAGUGAAAUGCUUACUUACAGGUCCUUCCCAACAAUGCACAGAGAAAGAAAAUAGAGAGAUAAUACAAAAGUAAAACACGUAUUAAUAAAAGUAAUAAUAAAUACGCCAUGAAUAAUGAUAAAUUGGCUAUAUACACGGAGUACCAGUACCGAGUUGAUGUGCAGGGGUACGAGGUAAUUGAGGUGAUAUGUACAUAUAACUAGGAAUAAAGUGACUAGGCAACAGAAUAGAUAAUAAACAGUAGCAGCAGUUUAUGUGAUGAGUAAUAAAAAUGUUUGUGCAAAAAGGGUGAUGUACUGGGCCAUACGCACGACCCUCUGUAGCGCCUUGUGGUUGGAUGCCAAGCAGUUGCCAUACCAAGCGGUGAUGCAGCCAGUAAAAAUGCUCUCAAUGGUGCAGCUGUAUAACUUUUUGAGGAUCUGAGGGCCCAUGCCAAAUAUUUUUCUCUCUGCUCUGCAUCUGAAUGCAGGCCACAUGAAAGACAACACAAAGCAGAUGGGGAGAGCCACUCCAGUGGACUGUAUGAUUAUAGCCUGUUCAAGCAUCCUAAAUGGCACCCUAUUCCCAUUUAGGGCUCUGGUCAAAAGUAGUGCACUAAGGAUAUAGGAUGCCAUUUGGGACAAAACUUGUUUCAGAGGGCGCCCUGCAUGUACAAUACACUAUCUUCUGAAGAAAAACACCAGCCUCUGUUGUUGUUGGACUAUUCUCAACACCUCUGAAGAGCCACAUUGGUAUUGUGGGUCAAAUAAAAGAAUUACACUCUCAAAGUAUGUUAUGGAAAGGGAGUUGUAAAAAGACAGUAGCAAACAGAGUUUGUAGUGGUUGUAGAACCCAAGGAAAGUUGGUUUCUCAUGUAGCUCAAAAAGCUAUAGAAUAAGAUAAAAAUUAUAGUACACUGCAUUAUUACAUUAUUACAUUAUUACUAGAACUUCUUUAAAUGCUGCUUGUGUAUUACAGUUUACUAUUUGGUUAGAGGGUUAACAACACCACUUAGCUUUCGCAAUUGGGUUGGUAGGUCUUAAUUGCUCUCUGACCCCAAUACUAGACACACACUAACUAGACCCAUCCUGUCGUGUGGGAUACAGUCUGCGGUUCACAUUAGAACAAUCGCAUGUAUUGAUUUUGCCCUCAUGACGCAGUCAAGGAAAACAGGAAAUGACGUAAUUGAUGUCAGAGCCCUGUAGGGGAGUCCUCUCCAGAUGGACAUUGUAGUGACCGUUUGUUUUCAUAGUCUUGGACAUUCACAGUAUCUUGCCUCAUUAUUGUUGGUUAUAGCCUAGUCAAUGAUUUGAAGUGGAAGCUAAGGCUCGCACACAUGGCAUCGAAUGUGGAUCUAGAAGGAGUAUUCCUUCCUUCUAUCUGUCUCAUAUUCCUUCUCCAGCUGUACAACGCUCUACUCUUUAUACUAUUUAAUAUCAGCUUAGCCCCAUCCCUCCUACUCCUCUCUUUACCCACACAAACACACAGCCAUCUGUCUCUCUACUCCUCCUUCUGGAGACAUAAUAGUGUAGAUAUGCAGGGAGGGACAAUUAAAUCCUAAUCCUUUAUCAAACACAGCCCAAUAUGUGCUUGUAUGGUUCCCUGAUCAAUUAAGAGUAUGUUCUUGUCUUUAGAAUUAUUUUGACGUAUGAAAAUGAUUAAAUGGCUGUUUCUGGCAGUUAGCCUAUUCUACAUUAUGUUCAUGGGCACUGGGUAGUCAUGACAGGUGUGUUUGUUGAGAUGGUGCGACUCAGACACUCUGGGAGGUCAAGAAGAGGUCACUGUGAUUUACUGUUUCAAGGGCUUAUCAAGGAGGGGCAGUUAGCUUCAGCCACAGCCAGCCAUCACUAACACACCCACUCUGUCCAAUCACAGUUUUAUCAUCCUGAGACUGAGGCUGAGAGGGGUUGUGAUAAAACCUCUCCACAAAAUGGAGGAUGUGAUGGAUACACAUGUACACAAAUAGAUAUACAGAGGCUAGAGCCAGCCCAUAGACUUCAGACUUUUCUAUAUUGAAAAGCAUAUCUCCUCCAAGUAGCAUAACUAUCAAGGUCUUUAGUAUAACACUGGUAUUUAAAUAACUGCCUCUGUCCCUACAGUUUAUGACUCAAACUAAUUUAGGCUAUCGUUUACCUAAUUUAUGUUUAGGUGACAUAAAUCUCAUCGAGUUGACACCUGUUUCUCUCUGUGGUGUUGUCUCUCUCUCCAGGUGGGCCUCUACUCUGACCCUCCCAAUCCCAGUCACGCUGUCCAAUCAGGUGUGCUCCAUAAAGGUUCAAAAGUCAUGACCUUAACCUUUCCCCAAGCUCAGAGGGCAGAGCUCAGCUCAGGCUCCAUUCACCUGAAUGGACAGGCUGCCCACCAAGGUACUUACAGCCAUCUUUGAAUGAUUUACUGCAUCCCAAAUAGCACCCUAAUCCCUUUAUAGUGUACUACUUUUGAACAGAGCCCAAUGGGUAAUAGGCUAACAUUGGUGACACAACCAUUGCUUUGUUUAAAUAUGUUCUUACACUCCAUUGACAGUUGAUUAUGCCUCUCAUGUGUGGACCCCAUGAAGAGUAGCUGCUGCAUGAGCAACAGCUAAUGGAGAUCCUAAUAAAUAAAUCAUUCAACAAUUCUUCACACAUUUCAAUUGUCCUUUAGUGCAAACCUAUUUUCUCUCCACACUACAGGACCUGGUGGAGUCUCCCCUGUCUGUCCCUCCUCAGCGGCCUCCUCUUCCUCCAGAAGCCUGGGCCCUGGAGAUGGAGAGAGGCUGACCAGGGCUCUCUCAAAGCAGGCUGACAGGUUCCUCUACCAGGUGCAGACAUUUGAAGAGCACCUGAGGAGAGGGAAACUCAAACCGUUUGAGCAGAUGAAGGUAUUGUUCUGAUAUUUAUCCACCAUGAGUCUUGGAAAUAGAGGAGCAUCUCCCAAUGCUAACUAGCCACCAUUUUGUAUUUUGUAUUAGUAAUGAUGCGAUGAUGUGUCCCCGCAGGGUUUGUCCCAGCUUCUCCAGGGGCAGGAUUCUCUGGAAAGAGGUUAUCUAGCAGCACGAGAUGAACACAGAGUCCUACUGCAGAGAGGGGCUGAGCUGGGCCCCUUUGACCUGGGCAGGUGAGACCACACUGCAGGAUUAUCUACAAUAAUGUGUUUAAACUGUUAUAGAAAGUGUUUAUUAGAACAUGCUGUGUAAACUGUUUGAUAUGGUGGGCAUGAGAAAAAAUUCAAGUGUGUGUUGUGUGUAUGUUUUGUCUCUCUGUGUGUGUGUGUGUGUGUGUGUGUGUGUGUGUGUGUGUGUGUGUGUGUGUGUGUGUGUGUGUGUGUGUGUGUGUGUGUGUGUGUGUGUGUGUGUGUGUGUGUGUGUGUGUGUGUGUGUGUGUGUGUGUGUGUGUGUGUGUGUGUGAUAGGGAGUUGGAGGGCCGUAUAUUCCAGUGUGGGAUGCGUGUGGAGGAGCUCAAGGAGAAGGUGGAGCAGACUGAACAGGACCUACCCACCUCAGAGGCCCCUCCCACUCCACGGCCUCACCCCACCCCUUACUCCAUGCCAGCAGGGAGCAGCGAGCCCAUGCCACUCCCUGAGGUACCAUGACAACACAGCUACUGAAGAAACUACAUUAGAUUAUUCACUAUUCUAUACUAUACUAUCUCACAGAAUGGAGGUCUGCAUUUCGAAGAGUGUUAACCUCUCUCUUGCUUGCUCUUUCUUUCUUUUUCUCUCUCUCACUAUCUCUCUCUUUCUUUCACUAUCUCUCUCUCUCCAGAGCCCAGUGUUACCUCUGCCUGGGGAGUCUGGGGAGGUGAUGAAGGUGGAGGUUAGCUCGGCUAGCGGAGAGAGCGAGGGAGAGGAGGGAGGAUUGGGAGAGGAGGAAGUAUUGCCGUCCCUUCUCCUCCGUCCUUUAGGUCACAAACACAAACGUGUAGAGAGAGACUUCAGCAUGCUGAUGAACCAGUAAGUCUCCAUCAAUUUUAGACACUUUGGGAUUUGGACAUGAGGGAUAUAGAGGAGGGAUAUAGACUUGCAUUGGUUUUUGGACAAACAUUUUAAGAAAUGUGCAUUUGGAGACAGUGGCCAGGUAAACAAAACCAAAGCAUGGAUUGCUGUCUUACCUUGUCCAUAGACCACUUACAGAGUAAGGAAAUAUGUAAUUUGGGUGAACUAUCCUUUUAAAUAAGUCUAGUCUGUAUAUGUAGAACAGAAGUAUUCAAAAGCAGCCAAUUGAACAAUGUAGUAGUAAUGUCAAUAUCAGUUUGCUUAUAAAUACCACAUCCAAAGGCUCUCUGUCUCUUCCAGCUACCAGAGUUUCAGGGAGCUGCCCAGACUGCUAGACCUGAAUCUGACAGAGGAAGACCAAGACUCUCCUGAUGCAGGAGAAGAAGCCACACAUUCAGGUGGUGGGGGGACAAGAGAGGGACCACACCCAGGGACAGGGAGGGAGGAGGGCCACACAAGUCUCCCUCAGAGGUGAGGCUAAACUCACUGCACCAGGGUCGUAUUCACCAGGAACCAAACGGUAACAAACGGAAGCAAAUGGGCUGAAACAGGGAGUUACUACCUGAACUUGUCCAAUAAGAAGCCCUUGUUGUCAUUUUCCGUUGCAAAAUGUUUUGCUACGGUGUGUAGACUGUGCACUAAUGAAUACGACCCAGGACAACAAUGCCUCUAAAUGCUGAUCAUAAAUUCUUACCCAGCUCCUUAAUUGUAUAUUUUUUUUAAUACUCUAAAUUCUAUAAUGUGUUUUCAGACAGCCAAUGCUAGGUCAGCAGGACGCUACAUUCAUUCCAAUGGCGAGACCAAGGACCAGCAAAUCAGUUCCUCCUUCCCCAAAGGACCUCAGCCAAUCCCCUGCAUUUCAUGGUUCACCGGCCAAUGACAGCAAGAGGUCAGAGGUCAGGAAGUCUCGUGGCAGCAGUCUGACCAGUCUGGGGGACAGUGCUGCGUCGGAGAGGAGGGGCUCCAAACUGCAGCCUGGGACCAGGAGAGUGUCAUCUCAGGUAAAUUACUUCAGAGACUGUAUCAAGCUUCCAUUACAUUUUUUCCUGGUUAUUCACCUAUCUGGUGUCUGCUGUGAAAGACAUAGUCAUGACUGAAAACACCAUGUAAUUGCAUCUAACUUGUUUCCAAAACAUGUCCAACCAACAAAUAAAUAUUUGAAUUUUUACAUUUUAGUAAUUUAACAGACACUGCAGCGCUACUUACAGUUAGUGCAUUCAUCUUAAGAUAGCUAGAUGGGACAACCACAUAUCACAGUCAUAAUAAGAACAUUUUUCCUCAAUAAAGUACCUAUCAGCAAAAUCAGAGCUAGUAAGUAACUUGUCUCUCAAACCUUCUGUGUGGAAUAGGAUGGGAUUAUCUCACCAGAGACUGACAGUGGUUUUGUGGGCUCCAAGAGCAGUCACUUGACUCCUGCAGCACCCAGUCUUCUCCACCAGAUGGCCACAGCGAGGUGAGCUACUCUUCCCCUCCUUCCCUCUCCCUCCACCCUCAGUGACUCUGCUGUAAAUCUCACAGAACCUCAGGUCACAUCCCUCACUCUCACUCUCACACACACAGUUCUUUACCGUGCCCUCACAAUGUCCCUAGUUGCCUAUCAAACUCCUUCCCUGUUUUGUUCUUAAAACAGACAGCUUAUGGGUUCCCUUGUAAUCUUAUCAGUGUGUGUUCCUGUCUUUGUGUUCCCUUCCUCCCCCCUGGCUGUGUAGCCUGUCACUCCCAGAGGAGCAGAACUCAGGGAAGCCCCAGCACACAGCCCCUGUCCCCUCCUCCUCCCCCUCACACAGACCUCAGAGACCCCCCUCGCUGGAGCACAGUGGAGGCUCUCCUCUCAGCACCCCAAGGAGGGUAGGGGGCUCUUCAGGGAGAACCAGGGGGGGGGGGAGGAGGGGCACCUCAGCAUCCAGGUUCCCCCAGCCCUGGGCUGGCAGUGGGACCAGUGAGUUUGGACCAGGCAGUGACCAUAGUGAGUCCAUGCUGUUCUGUCUAUAACCGUCAUAUUUAUGUUAGGUUGCAAAAUGUGUUCUUACAUGAAGUGACUGAGAACAGGGGUUGGAACCGAAAUCAUUUUCCAAUCGGUUCGUUUCGUUCUGAACAGAACCAUACAUUUUUACGUUCCGUUCCACUGUUCCGACCAGCUAAAUAAAGUUCUGAACCGGUUCGUACCAAAAAAAAAGCACUGGUUUAAAUUGUUCCUUUUUAAACCAACAUUUUACAUUUAGCUCAACAUUAAAUGACUUCACCAAUCAGUGUGGAUAGAGCUGCUUGCUAUGGAGCUAGUAAUCGAUGUAAUCUGAAUAGGAAAGUCGUUAAGAGCAAAUUGUAUUUUGCCGUAACAGCAUGGUUUAGACAAAGUUAAUCCAUUAUUUUAAACAUCUCUCCCUAAUUUCUGAGUCAUGCUUGUAACAUCGUCAGUAGCCCACACACGCACAACCCACUGGCAAAGAGUUCCAGCUGGCAGGCACAAGUGGAAUACUUUUUUUAGUGACAGAGUGAGGGCUUUGCAUAGGCGUUUUGUUGGGAUUUUUGUGGGACUGGAAAAAAAUGGCCGGAACUUAAAAGAACGCUGUUAACCGAUUUCCAUGCUUUUAAAAGGACGGUUCUGUUCCAGAACAGUAUAGAUCACUUUAGAUCACUCAAAUAAUUUCGUUAUUUUCCGGUUUUCGGUUCUGUUCCCUGAACCGGUUCUAACCCUUGCUAAGAACACAUAACAACAUUGUGUAAUGAAGCACUAAUAUCUGUCAGUCUAGUAACUACAUAAUCUACUCUGUGUCAGAAGCAUGUACCCUCCUGAGAGCAAGUAGGGAGGCAGCAAGCUGGUUGGCUAUGUUUCUUUACCAGUGCCAGUUUAUUUCAUCAUCUACCUCUCCCCUGCCCUCUUUUAAAACCCUCCUUCUCUCCUCCAUCUCUCAUCCAUCUCUACUCAGUCCACACUGUGUCAGGAGAGGACAAGGGACGGAGUGACCGUUCCACCCGAACACCCAAUCCCCAGCACUGCUACCAGCCAAACCACUCCCCCACUGCACCCAAUCACCAUGGCGAUCCCCCUCGAGCCCUGAGCGCUGGUCAGUUGACCAAUCGCAAGUGAGUCUCUCUCUCUCUCUCUCUCUCUACAGCAACUGCCAUGGCGACAGUGGCACAAACAAGCCCAGAUGUAUGAGUCCCUUUGGAACGUAUUGGCUGGGAGGAGAAGAGGGCUUCUUCACUGCAGCAACAAAUACCAGCUCUGGCAAUUCCCAGUAGAAUCUAGGACGUUAUUAGACGUUUUAUAUUUAAUUUCCGUUUAUGGUGAGGGUGUUGGCUGGUUGGUGUAGAGUCUGAUACAUCAAGUGAAAUGCCAGAAAACCUGAGUAAUUUUUACAUUCUAUAUGAUUUGAUUUCAUUACAGACUUGGGAGAUAGUAAAUGUGGAGACUCAGGAGGUAUAUACAUACCCAGUGUUGACUCUUGCAUGGUGUGGCACUGCAUGAGUGGACCCUGCUUCUUGACUCACAUAUUAAUAGGAAUGAGUUUAGCAAAAUAAUGUGUAUGGUUUGGCUUGGAAUGUCAAAUCGAUUGGUUCGCUGGGUCAAUUGUAAGUUUUAACACCUAUAACACACUUGUGGUGAUAUUACUUCAAUAUUACUAACUACAAUAUUUGGAACAAGUACUAUUACUGAUCGAGUUGAAACAAAGUUGUGAGGUAGACAGAGCAUCACCACUUCUAUAUGUACUCAUUCUCCUCUGUGUGUGUGUGUGUGUGUGUAUCUGUGUGAGUCUUUGUCUUUGUUUUGUCAUCAUGUGUGUUUGUUUGCAUGCGCAUCUGUGUCCCAGUGAAGCCAUCCAGUCUCUGCAAGUGGAGGUGAGCAGACUGAAGGAGCGACUAGAGGGAAGUAUGAGACAGACCAACCCUCCCAGUCCUGUCAGAGCGCCCCCCUCAGCCCAGAAUGACCACACACACCCUCUCAGCUCAACACCUCGCAUUAGGUUGUUAUUUUUUUAAAACUUUUUUAAGUGAGAUUUCAUCAUACAUGUGAUGCUGUUGAAACAGGUUAAUUGCCAUUUCUACUGUCUCUUAGGGCACUGGUCAAAAGUAGUGCACUACAGUGGAUUCGGAGAGUAUUCAGACCCCUUCCCUUUUUCCACAUUUUGUUAAGUUACAGCCUUAUUCUUAAAUUGAUAAAAUUAAAUGUUUUCCUCAUCAAUCUACACAGAAUACCCCAUAAUGACAAAGCGAAAACAGGUUUUCAGAAAUUUUUGCAAAUGAAAAAAAACUAACAAUGGAAAUAUCUUAUUUAAAUAAGUAUUCAGACCCUUUGCUAUGAGACUCGAAAUUGAGCUCAGGUGCAUCCUGUUUCCAUUGAUCAUCCUUGAGAUGUUUCUACAACUUGAUUAGAUUCCACCUGUGGUAAAUUCAAUUGAUUGGACAUGACUUGGAAAGGCAAACACCCAUCUAUAUAAGGUCCCAACGUUGUCAGUGUAUGUCAGAGCAAAAACCAAGCCAUGAGGUCGAAGGAAUUGUCCGUAGAACUCCAAGACAGGAUUGUGUCGAGGCACAGAUCUGGGGAAGGGUACCAAAAAAUGUCUGCAGCAUUGAAGGUCCCCAAGAACACAGUGGCCUCCAUCAUUCUUAAAUGGAUGAAGUUUGGAACCACCAAGACUCUUCCUAGAGCUGGCCGCCUGGCCAAACUGAGCAAUCAGGGGAGAAGGGCCUUGGUCAGGGAGGUGACCAAGAACCCGAUGGUCAGAGUUCCUCUGUGGAGAUGGGAGAACCUUCCAGGAGGACAACCAAUCAGGCCUUUAUGGUAGAGUGGCCAGACGGAAGCCACUCCUCAGUAAAAGGCACAUGACAGCUGUGGGGAUGUUUUUCAAUGGCAGGGACUGGGAGACUAGUCAAGAUCGAGGUGUUGAACAGAGCAAAGGGCAGAGCGAUCCUUGAUGAAAACCUUGCUCCAGAGCGCUCAGGACCUUAGACUGGGGUGAAGGUUCACCUUCCGACAGGACAACGACCCUAAGCACACAGACAAGAAAUGCAGGAGUGGCUUCGGGACAAGUCUCUGAAUGUCCUUGAGUGUCCCAGCCAGAGCCCGGACUUGAACACGAUCCAACAUCUCUGGAGAGACCUGAAAAUAGCUGUGCAGCAACGCUCCCCAUCUAACCUGACAGAGCUUGAGAGGAUCUGCAGAGAAGAAUGGUAGAAACCCCCCAAAUACAGGUGUGCCAAGCUUGUAGCGUCAUACCCUAGAAGACUCAAAGCUGUAAGCGCUGCCAAACAAAGUACUGAGUAAAGGGUCUGAAUACUUAUGUGAAUGUUUUUGCUUUGUCAUGAUGGGGUAUUGUGUGUAGAUUGAUGAGGGGGAAAAACAAUUGAAUCAAUUUUAGAAUAAGGCUGUAAUGUAACAAAAUGUGGAAAAAGUCAAGGGGUCUGAAUACUUUCCAAAUGUACUGUAUAUAGGGAAUAGGGUCCCAUUGUCUUUCUUUCACCGUUUUGAUUUUGUAAUGUUCCUUUGGAUGCUUCUCCUCUCCCAGGUCUGCUCAGCGAAGGAGGGAUGGUGGUAGAGAGAGGAAGAGGGGCUCCGAGCAGGAGGAGGAGGAGAGGGCUCCGAGGUCAACUCCUAGAAGAUCAGCUUCUGUACCUCGACAGCCUCUAAGACUUGAACUGGAUAUCAGUGAGUUAUGGGUUGUAUUCCAAAUGGUACCCUAUUCCCUAUAGGGCAUUGCUCAAAAGUAGUGCACUUUAUAGGGAAUAUGGUGCCAUUUGGGACUCGCCUGGGACACUCAUUGCACUUUACAUACAUACAUACAUACAUACAUACAGUACACUCCACAAUACACUUCACAAUAUACUUCACAGUAGACAAUACAAUACACUUCUCAAUACACUUCACAAUACACUUCCCAUUACACUUCAACUAUACACUUCACAACACACUUCACUAUACACUUCACAAUACAUUCGUCAUUCACUAGAAUGCUAUUUUUGCUGGGUACCCUAGGUAUAAGUAAUCUGGCAAAAUAUUGAUUUUGUUUGUUUUAUCUCCAGCGACAGAUUCGGAGCAUGCCCAGUUCACACCCAGACCUCGGUCCUCCAGACGUAUCCCAGAGUCCCCUGCAUCACAUGGCAGAGCAGAGACAGUCAGGAACAGAGGAGCCCACACCAGUAAGAACGACUUCUGUUUGAAUAUAAUAAUAUAUGCCAAUUAGCAGACGCGUUUAUCCCAAGUGAAUGUACAUACAUUUUACCUACAGGUGGUCCCGGGAAUCAAACCCACUAUCCUGGCGUUGCAAGCGCCAUACUCUAUCAACUGAGCUACACUAGGCUACAUGCUGAUAUGAAUGUAAAAUAUAGUAUUUUAAUCUGUAUUGUAUUUUGAUUGCAGGGCAGCAUGUCAGUAUGUCUGUAGGUGGAUGUGGGUAUAUUGGUGAUGAACCUGACUGUAGAGGGAGGCAGGCCCCUGUGUGUCUACAGUGUGCUCCACAGACACACACCAAUGGACACUCUACACGUAAGAGCUUCUCUCUCAGGCUACGUACCAAAUGGCAUUCUAUUCCCUAUAUAGUGUACUACGCAUACGGCUUUGCUCAAAAGUAGUACAAUACAUAGGGAAUAGGGUGCCAUCUAGGACGCAUUCUCAGUCUGUGGUGUAAUGGUGGUUUGUGUGUCACAGUGACAGUCAAUACUGUGUCUUCUCCACUCCUUUCUGCUCAGUCUUUAUUCUUCCUUGUCUUUUCUUCUGACUGACAGAACAAGAAGAGGGUGGUGGUGACACUGAGGCUAUCCACGGUCACACUGGGCUUCAUUCUUGUCACUGUCCUAUGUGUGGGAGGUCUGAGACAUAUGGGAACACAAGCAGGGAAUACGGUGAGACCUUAACAUCAAGUACUCCUAUAACUAUCUACUGUACACUCGUCAUUCCCUCCGGUAUGGCGCCGGAGGGAAUGGUGUCCGUUUUACGGGCUCCUGAGAAAUUGUGCUCUUCUGUGUAUUUUUGGGCGCUAAUCGUACCUUUUUUUGUACAUAAUGUUUCCGCCAUCGUUUCCUAUGACCGAAUAGAGCUUCUGGACAUCUGAACAGCUACUGGAUGAACACUAUUUGGAUGAGGACUUCUACUUCAAUGAGUCGGAGGCGAAAGACAUAUGGAUUAUCGCGGACCAGGCCCAAAUUCCCAAGAAGGAGGAGACGGCGUUAUAGAGGCCAACGUGCGGGAUUGCUGACAAGACUUCGUUGGAGAGUGGAUAAAUUGCCUCUACCCUCCGUUCUAUUGGCGAACGUGCAAUCACUGGAGAAUAAACUGGAUGAGCUCCGUUCGAGACUAUCCUAUCAACUUGAUAACCAACAACUGUAAUAUCCUAUGUUUCUCCGAGUCGUGGCUGAACAAGGACAUGUAUAAUAUACAUCUAGCUGGUUUUUCUAUGCAUCGGCAGGACAGAACGGCUGCGUCGGGGAAGCUCAGAGGAGGGGGUGUGUGUCUCUUUGUUAACAACAACUAGUGCGCAAUCUCUAAUAUUAAGGAAGUCUCAAGGUUCUGCUCGCCUGAGUUAGAAUACCUCAUGAUAAGCUGUAGACCACACUAUUUACCAAGAGAGUUUUCAUCUAUGUUUUUCGUAGCUGUCUAUUUACCACCACAAACCGAUGCUGGCACUAAGACCGCACUCAACGAGCUGUAUAAGGCCAUAAGCAAAUAAGAAAAUGCUCACCCCAGAGGCAGUGCUCCUAGUGGCCGGUGACUUCAAUGCAGGAAAACUGAAAUCUAUUUUACCUCAUUUCUACCAGCAUGUCACGUGUGCAACUAGAGGCGAAAAAACUUGAGAUCACCUUUACUCCACACACAGAGACGCAUACACAGCUCUCCCUCUCCCUCCAUUUGGCAAAUCUGACCAUAGCUCUAUCCUCCUGAUUCAUCGAAUGGCAUUGAGGAGUUUAGCACAUCAAUCACCAGCUUCAUUAAUAAGUGCAUCGACGAUGUUGUCCCCACAGUGACCGUAUGUACAUAUCCCAACCAGAAGCUAUGGAUUAUUGACUGGAUUUAAUAAUUUUUGUGAGGAAGUUGUCAGUCCUUUUGAUGAAAGAGGGUUAACUGGCGAGCGGCUGCGGCUACUGUGUGUGUGUGACACUACACUAGGUAGCUAGUCGAGUAGAGACGAGUACGCAAAGCGCGCGAAGCACAUCCACACUGAGCUAAAGGCUAGAACUGCCGCUUUCAAUAAGCGUGACACUAAUCCAGAUGCUUAUUAGAAAUCCUGCUAUGGCGUCUGACGAAGCAUCAAACAGGCAAAGUGUCAAUACAGGACCAAGAUCGAAUCCUACUACACCGGCUCUGACGCUCGUCGGAUGUAGCAGGGCUUGCAAACUAUCACGGAUUACGAAGGGAAACUCAGCCGCGAGCUGUCCAGUGACGCAAGCCUACCAGACGAGCUAAAUACCUUCUAUGCGCGCUUCGAGGCUAGCAACACUGAACUAUGCAUGAGAGCACCAGCUGUUCCAGAGGACUGUAUGAUCACGCUCUCCAUAGCCGAUGUGAGUAAGACCUUUAAACAGGUUAACAUUCCCAGGACGUGUCCUCAGAGCAUGCGCUGACCGGCUGACAAGUGUCUUCACUGACACUGUCAACCUCUCCCUGACCCAGUCUGUAAUACCUACAUGUUUCAAGCAGACCACCAUAGUCCCUGUGCCCAAGAACACCCCGUAGUACUCACAUCUGUAGCCAUGAAAUGCUUUGAAAUGCUUUGAAAGGGCAGGAACAGGCCGGACCGGGCUGGCGACACGCACCACUGGUUUGGUGCGAGGGGCAAGAACAGGCCGGGCCGGGCUGGCGACGCGCACCACUGGUUUGGUGCGAGGGGCAGGAACAGGCCGGGCCGAGCUGGCGACGCGCACCACUGGUUUGGUGCGAGGGGCAGGAACAGGCCGGGCCGGGCUGGCGACGCGCACCACUGGUUUGGUGCGAGGGACAGGAACAGGCCGGGCCGGGCUGGCGACGCGCACCACUGGCUUGGUGCGAGGGACAGGAACAGGCCGGACCGGGCUGGCGACGCGCACCACUGGCUUGAUGCGAGGAGCAGGAACGGGCCGGACCGGACUGGGAACACACACCACUGGCUUUGUGCGGGGAGCAGGAAUGGGUCGGGCCGUACUGGGAACACGCACCACUGGCUUAGUGCGGGGAUCAGGAACGGGCCGGACCGGACUGGCGACACGCACCACUUGCUUGGUGCGAGGAGCGGGACUGGGUUCCUUUAUAAACCCCCGCUCCUUCUGCUGCCUAACCAGCUCCUCUCGCCGUGCCUCUACACUCUCCUUCUCCCUUAUAGCCUCCUGUAGCUCCUCCCUCUGACCAAAUACUGUAACUCCUGCUCCCUCUGAACCAAUAGCCCCCUUAACCUGGUGGCCUCCUCUCCUAACCUGCAGAUCCGCCCUGUCACUGCCUCCUGCUGCCUCGUCGUCCACACCGUGUGCCCCCCACAAAAAAUGUUUCUUGGGGUUGCCUCUCGGGUCUCCGUCGUCGGCACUGUUGGCGCCGUUUCACCUCUCCUACCUGGGCAUCCUCCUUCAUCGCCUUCCGGUAGCGGACGGCCUCCUCCUCCGUGAUUCUCCCCCAACCAAGGAGGACAUCUACUAACGUAACCUCCUGUUUAAUUCCCGACGUUUGCUCCUGAACACGCUGCUUGGUCCUAUUUUGGUGGGAUCUUCUGUCACGAUCGUUUACGGACGAGAAGGACCAAGGCGCAGCGUGAUAUGCAUUCAUGUUUAUUAAUGACUAAACACACAGCAAAACAACAAACGAAACGUGAAGUCCAAGGUAGCAUACAAACAACAUACCUUACACGGAACAAGAUCCCACAACUAACAGGUGCCAAAAGGCUGCCUAAGUAUGGUCCCCAAUCAGAGACAACGAGCAACAGCUGCCUCUGAUUGGGAACCACACAGGCCAACAUAGAUCUAUACAUACUAGAUCUAACCAUAGACAAUAAACAUAGCACAACACGACACAGAAAAUACACACCCUGACUCAACAAAUACGAGUCCUAGAGUCAGGGUGUGACACUCAGACCAUGAAAAACAAGAUUCUCUGGUCUGAUGAAACCAAGACUGAACUCUUUGUCCUGAAUGCCAAGCGUCACAUCUGGAGGAAACCUGGCACAAUCCCUACGUUGAAGCAUGGUGGUGGCAGCAUCAUGCUGUGGAGAUGUUUUUCAGCGGCAGGGACUGGGAGACUAGUCAGGAUCUAGGGAAAGAUGAACAGAGCAAAGUACAGAGAGAUCUUUGAUGAAAACCUGCUCCUGAGCGCUCAGGACCUCAGACUUGGGCGAAGGUUCAUCUUCCAACAGGACAACGACCCUAAGCACACAGCUAAGACAACGCAGGAGUGGCUUCGGGACAAGUCUCUGAAUGUCCUUGAGUGACCCAGCCAGAGCCCGGACUUGAACCCGAUCGAACAUCUCUGGAGAGACCUGAAAAUAGCUGUGCAGCGAUGUUCCCCAUCCAACCUGACAGAUCUUGAGAGGACCUGCAGAGAAGAAUGGGAGAAACUCCCCAAAUACAGGUGUGCCAAGCUUGUAGCGUCAUACCCAAAAAGACUUGAGGCUGUAAUCGCUGCCAAAGGUGCUUCAACAAAGUACUGAGUACAGGAUCUGAGUACUUAUGUAAAUGUAAUAUUUAAGUUUUUUAAUUUUUAAUAAAUUUGCAAAAAAAUAAAAUAACCUAUUUUUGCUUUGUCAUGAUGGGGUAUUGUGUGUAGAUUGAUGAGGGGAAAAAACAAUUUAAUCAAGUCAAGGGGUCUGAAUACUUUCCGAAUGCACUGUAAAAGACUGCUAAAUAUACAUAUAUAUAUAUAUUUGGGGUUUUUUAGGGGGUAGAUCAGCUUUAGUAUUGCCAAUAGAUUGUAACUUCCAUCAAUGUAAUUGUCUGCAUCACUUCCGCUCCCCCAUAUAUAUUUUUUCUGAAAUAUAUAUAUAUAUACAUAUACAUAUACAUACAUACAUACAUACAUACAUAUAUAUAUAUAUAUAUAUAUAUAUAUAUAUAUAUAUAUAUACAUACAUACAUACAUACAUACAUACAUACAUACAUACAUACAUACAUACAUACAUACAUACAUACACAUACAUACAGUACCAGUCAAAAGUUUGGACACACCUAUUAAUUCCAGGGUUUUUCUUUAUUUUUUACUGCCAAGAGUGUGCAAAGCUGUCAUCAAGGCAAAGGGUGGCUACUUUGAAGAAUCUCAAAUAUAAAAUAUAUUUUGAUUUGUUUAACACUUUUUUGGUUACUACAGGAUUCCAUAUGGGUUAUUUCAUAGAUUUGAUGUCUUCACUAUUAUUCUACAAUGUAGAGAAAUUAUAAAAAUAAAGAAAAACCCUUGAAUGAGUAGGUGUGUCCAAACUUUUGACUGGUUCUGUAUGUGUACAUAUCUACCUCAACAUUUACAUUUUAGCAGACGCUCUUAUCCAAAGCGACUUGAGUGCAACAUUAUUUAAUUUUUUAUUUAUUAUUAUUUUUUUAUACUGGACCCCCGUGGAAAUUGAACCCACAACCCUGGCAUUGCAAACGCCAUGCUCUACCAACUGAGCUACAUCCCUACAGCAUAUUUCUUGUGUUAUUCUCUUUUUUUAUUUUUUUAUUGUUGGGACGGCCCAUAAGUAAGACAUUUCACAGUUAGUCUACACCUGUUGUUUACGAAGCAUGACAAAUACAAUUUUAUUUUAUUUGAUUCACUUCCUGUUUUCUGUUGUGUUGAAACGCGUUGUUAUUUUAAUUGACAACAAGCCUGUGCUGAUUUCUGAUUCACAGACCGGAGGACGGAGAGAGACAUGGGUCCCGCCCACAGAGGCACCCAGCCAAUGAGCUCCCCCCACAGAGAUGUGAGAGGCGUGUCAUUUGCAGCACCGCCCCUUCCCAUGCUGGGCAGUGUGCCGCUGGUCCAGUGUGUGCCAGUGUGCCCGCCAGUUCUGUGAGUACUCUGCUCUCUCCCUCCCUCUCUCGCUCUCUCUCUCUCUUUCUCUCUCUUUUUCUCCAGACAUGAAAAAGUGGCCAUUAGGUUAAUUAAUAAUUUUGCUACAACCCCCUCUUCAUCUGCUGCCAACCCUAAUGAAAUCUCUCAGAGUUAAGACACAAACUCACCACUUAAGUGGUGACAACACGAGUAAGCAGCACACUUUUGGCCAAAAUCCUGACUUGAGGAAAUAGGUGCUUACAUUUUGCAUUAAUCCUCUAAUGGUUUUAUUAGUGUGAAUAUUUGAAUCACACAUAAGUAUCUGUCAUCACACAUAAGUAUCAGCAUUGUUUAACAUCCCACUUUCUCCCCCUAUGUAGUAAGAGGAGUAGUAUGUAAGUGUAGUUAGAAUCUGUCCUGUUCCCUGCAGGUACUACUCCAGCCCCGUGAUAAAGUUAGCUCCAUCCCACCGCCAGCCAAUCUACAUGUCUCUGAGUGGGGGUGUGGUCUCUGGGGUCAGGGGUCGUGAGCAGGUGAGAGGUGGAGCUGGCCGUUCCCUGUCUGCUGACCAGCGCUCUCUGAGCAGCUCUCUGAACCAUGCCAUCGAGGCGGCCAGGGGGAUGAGGGAGACCUCCCGACGCAUGGCCCGCUCCAUCGCCACUGGACUGCACCACCAGGAGGCGCUGUCACAGUCCUGCAUGUACUGAUGGACCAGACCAGACGUACACGAGGGUCGUAUUUAUUAGGCAACAAACAACAGUGGCUCAGCACUGAUAGUAAGGUAGGGUCUACACACGGUACUUUCUACAGGUUAUAGGUUACUUUGUACAGUACAUGUUAUGGCUUUAGAUCAAAGUUUGAGCGGCUAGUGGUCUACUCCCGAGUGGCGCAGUGGUC